UCUGAGCUCAGGGCGCAGGCUCCGGCAUCGUCACCUGUUUCCGGUGACGUAUAGCGACAGCGCGGGAACAGUCAGUAGAGUCUGAGUAGAAACAGGAUGAAGGUUUAUUUCUGCGGCAGCAUCCGCGGCGGGAGGGACGACGUGCACGUGUACCGGAGGAUCGUGCACGCGCUACAGAGCUACGGGACCGUACUGACCGAACACGUGAGCAGCGCCGAGCUCAGCGACAGAGGAGAGAACAACGCAGCGUCCGGGGACCGAGCCAUUCACGACCGAGACUUGGAUUGGCUGCAUCAAUCUGAUGUGGUCGUUGCCGAGGUGACGCAGCCGUCUCUGGGUGUCGGCUACGAGCUCGGCCGGGCCGUCGACAUGAAGAAGAAAGUCUUCUGCCUGUUUAGACCGUCAUCAGGACGGAUCCUGUCGGCCAUGAUCCGAGGAGCCGCCGACGUCGAGAACUUUGUGGUGCGAGAUUACAGCGAGGAUGAGGUGGAGAAGGUUCUGGAAGAGUUCUUCAGCAGCCUGAAAAACUGAAAGCAGCUGUUCCAGAUGUGCACCGCCUUCCUGAAUAAAGUGAAGCCCUGUGAUUGGUCAAUGUUUGUUAAAAUCAAUACGAUUUCUUUUCCAAUUGAGAUCGUGAAUGUUCUUCUGCUUUUAAUGUGAAGGGACAUGCUUCACGUGUCUCUGAGGUCAUUUCCUGCUGAAAUGGUCAUUAUGGUUCUGAUGGUUUCAGGUGAUUCUCUUUUAUUUUUGUCCUGAAAGUGUUUUAAAUUCAAAGACUCUGAUUUGGUUCAUACUUAAUGUAAAAGUUCAAAGGUCACCCUGCAUUAAAAUACUCUGGACAGUC